AGCUCACCACGACGUAGAAUAGAAACUGACGUAUUUAAAUUACUAAUGUCGGACUACGAAGUCAACCUGAAUAACGACAAUAUGCAGGAGUUCUUCGUUAGGUUCCAUGGUCCGAAAGAGACACAUUACGAAGGCGGCGUAUGGAAGGUUAGAGUAGAAUUGCCAGAUCAAUACCCAUAUAAGUCACCUUCUAUUGGAUUCUUGAACAAGAUAUUCCAUCCAAAUAUUGACGAACAGUCCGGGAGCGUUUGUCUUGAUGUCAUCAACCAGACAUGGUCACCUAUGUUCGAUUUAAUAAACAUCUUCGAAGUGUUCCUCCCGCAAUUGCUAAGGUAUCCAAAUCCAACUGAUCCACUUAACGGCGAAGCUGCUUCACUCUCUAUGCGCGAUCAGAAGACAUACGAGACUAAAAUUAAAGAAUACAUCCAAUUGUAUGCUCUUCCAGAAAAUGUCAAAUUAGAUCAGAAUAAUGACGAUGAUUCGGAUAUCGAAAUUUCAGACCAAGGUAGUUUGCCAUCUGACAAUGAGAACGAAGAUGAAGACGAAGUCCCUGGUGCAGUAGAUAUCUAAUGUUAUACAAAUCAACACACAGCAUUUCCUUUUUACACCUUUUCACUAUGCAUAAC